AUGGAAUCUUUUAAUGGGUUGCCGGGUAGUGCUAGAAUCCCUGGUCAAGUCUUGCUGGUUUUCCUCACUCAUGGUGAACAGAGCCACAAACUACACACCACUCAGGUGAGCUGCCAUCAGUGGGAUUCUCUUAUCCGAAGCAUCUCCUACCUCAUUCACCUCGCCAGAUCAUUCAAAUCUUCCUACAAAGCCUGCAAAGGCUGGCAUAAGUGUUCGGAACACAAAGAACAAAGCGCCAAGGAAGAGGCAACACGUUUCAUUCUCCUCCAUGUCCAGAGGAAACACUUUGCUAAGGAAAUCGAAUGCCUUAGAGCUCAUAGGAAACUUCCACGGGACAGUUCCAUACUCACCUUGACUCCCUUCCUCGACAGUCAUGGGCUACUUCGCGUAGGAGGUAGAUUAAACAAAGCUCCCAGAUCCUGCCAGGCAGAUAACCACAAUCCAAUUAUCAUCCCGAAAAGGUGUCACAUCGGCCUCCUCAUAGUCCGCCGCUGUCAUGUUAAAGUUCAGCACCAGGGCAGACAUCUUACAGAAGGGUCAGUUAGGUCUUCAGGGUACUGGAUCUUGGGCGGAAAGAGGCUGAUCUCUUCGUGCAUCCACGAGUGCGUUACCUGCCGUAGACUCAGAGGCAAACUAGGAACUCAGAAAAUGGCUGAUCUUCCUGUCGCUCGCAUAACGCCAUCCGCUCCAUUCACCUACGUUGGCGUGGACGCAUUCGGACCUUGGCAGGUGACAACCAGGAGAACCAGGGGAGGCGCUGCUAAUUCUAAGCGCUGGGCAGCUCUCUUCACCUGCCUGUCUACCAGAGCCGUCCAUAUUGAGAUCCUUGAGGACAUGAGCGCAAGUUCUUUCAUCAAUGCAUUACGCAGAUUCACUUCGGUUCGUGGGGAUGUACGUCAGUUUCACUCCGAUAGGGGAACUAACUUUGUUGGCUCGACCGACAGCCUGAAAAUUGACGCCAUAAACGUCGAGGAUGGUAUCGCCAAGCGACACCUCUACCAGACUGGCGUCACCUGGAUCUUCAACACUCCCCUCUCAUCCCAUAUGGGUGGGGUCUGGGAACGAAUGAUUGGGAUGGCCAGACGUAUCUUGGAUUCCAUGCUGCUUGAACCGAAGAACCGGCACCUCACUCAUGACGUCUUGUCGACACUUCUGUAUGAGGUAGCAGCUAUCAUCAAUAGCAGACCUAUUGCGCAGGUGUCAUCAGAUCCGGAGUGCCCCAGUAUUCUGACUCCAUCUACACUGCUUACCCAAAAGGCUGGUGUUCCACACGAACCAUUCAGCGACCUGACUCUUAAAGACAUGUAUAAAGCACAGUGGUCAUCGGUUCAAGUGCUCGCAAACGAGUUCUGGACGAGGUUUUCUCGCGAAUACCUCGAUCAGCUGCAAGUAAGGCAGAAAUGGCAACAUGUCACAAACAACUUGAAACCCGACGACAUCGUACUGCUGAAGAACGCUUGUGUUAACCGGAGGCAGUGGCCCAUUGGGCGCGUUGUGAAAGCAUUCCCCAGUGAUGACGGUUUAGUGAGAAAGGUCGAGGUUAAGGUCAUCCGGGAAGGUAGCCCGACAACGUUUGUCAGGCCUGUGUCAGAACUCGUUUACUUAUUCAGUUGUUCAUAA